AUGGCUGAAAUUGGAAAAGGUGGUCAUAUCCAAAGUCUUCAUCAAGUCUCCGCCGAGAACAUCCAAGGGCUUUGCCAGGCAUUGGAAAAAGGGGUUGUAUUGUAUGUAAGUCUUCGUCAAGUCUCCGCCGAGUCAUCGCCGAGCAUCCAAGGGCUUGACCAGGCCUCGUAGGCACCUACUACAGACUUUUUUGGGCCUCUGCCAGUCCUCCGCCUCGUGUCGAUUGAUCUUGCGUUGGCUCGAUCUUUCGUCGAUCCGAAAAUCUGGAACGCGGAAAUAUCUUGGAUAUUUCGAUCUAGGGGGCGCUAAAAAUCUAGAAUGUAGUUUUCAAAAAGGCCAAUCUUUUCUUGUAUCAAGCAAAAUCAAAAUUUUGGCAUCUCAGUUGGAGUAAUGCCCAUUUUUAUCCAAAAAGUUGCAAUUUUUGCUCAAAAAUCCCAAUCUUUGUCCGCUCCAAAUUUCCUAGCUGAACAACUAAUUUUAGCCGCAUAAUAAAUUUCAUUCCUCCCCGGUUAUACUAAUCCAUGUAUUAUUUAUUAUUUACGCUCCUAAAUAACAUUGGUUCUAGCUCCAAAAAUCUCUCUCAUAAAUUGGUGUGGACGCUCUUCAAACGAGUCCAAUCUUGACCUUUGCAAUCAACAAGAGCCCCGCGAUUGUGACUGAUUUGCUUGCUUAUAGUGUAUUAUAUAAGAGCUCUUGUUGAGUACGUUUAGAUGUUUUUUUUAUCAUCUUUUAAUUUCUUUGUUUUACCCCGAGCUUUUCUUCCCUUUGAAAUUCAAAACAAUGGGAAUACUUUCGGAAAAUAGCAACUUUGAAAUCUAAUCCGCAUAACUGGUGUUUGCUUUGUAUGCUUAGGGUACUGUGGCAGCAAAGGAAACAAUUUUUUGGGUUUUUUGAGUUAAAAAAAAUAUUUUUUUUUAUUUUUUUAUUUUUAAAAAUUCAUUAUGUUUAAUUAUGUAAUUUUUACAAAAAAUUUAAUUUUUUACAUUUUUUUGAAUUUUUGCAACUUUUUUUAAAAAUUUUUAUGUCAAAAUUAAUUUUUUUAUUAAUUUUCUCCGCCAAAUUUCGUGCAACUCCAUUUUCCUCCAAACUCUUUGGACUUUUACCCAAUUUAAUCCCCAAACUUUAGGUUCUUUGGUUACACGGUACCACGAAUCUUGCCCGCUGGGAAAAACGACUGACUCAGACAUCCAGAAGGCCGGAAAUUGGCCUCCACCUCCAUCUUAAUCGUUUUUCGGCCGAAAAUUACGCUCAAUCUCCUUAAUCUCGCCCGACUCCACGUCAACGCUCGUUACAAUCGGAUGGCCGCGCUUCCGAGGACGCGUUGUUGACUUCGAAGCAAGCUGAAGACAAAAUAAGCAUCCAGCUUCGAAUUCAGAGUGUUCCAAGCGAAUCCGAGCGUCUUCUGACCUGGAACGUUGGCUUCGAGGUCUCGCCAACUCCAUAAAGGGACAUUGGGGCCAAGUUGGCGGCGUUUCGGGCCUCAGUAAAAGAGUGGGCCCCAACUUUCGGGCCUCGCCGCGAGAGAUUUUGCCCUCCAACUUUCUUCUUCUCCGAAACCCCGCCGAUUCCCGCCGCCCGCCGCCCGCCAUGUACACGCCGCACAGACACAACACGGAGCGCAGAGAGCACCGGCCCGUCCCGCGGCCGCAGCCCCGCCGAAAUAGCGUCGCGUUCGCGGAGUCGGCCGCCGAGCAUCGCACCGUCCAAGCGCUGAGUGGGCGGGGCCUGGAGCGGGUCCGCAACUCCGUGGACAUGCGCCGGAUGAGCACGGGGCGCGGGGCAUUCGACGCGGAAAUUGUGUACGGCGGCUCCACCUUCUCGCUGCCUCCCAGAUCGGCGAUGGCCGACGAAAUGGACAUGGAGCGCCGCUCGGCGCAGGUUAUGCUCACGAUUUCUGCUCAGUAAGUGACUGUUUGGGGUUGAUUUUUUUUAAUUUUGAUUGAUUUUUGGUGGGAAAAUUUUGAAAUUUUUGAAAAGUGAAAAACUGAAAAAAAAGCUCAAGGAGUGAUGUAAAAUACGACAAAAUAAUAUUUGCUGAUAUUUUUCGAAUUUCCACUGAUUUUUUGAGCAAAAAACAUGAAAAUUUCAAAAAGCGAAAAUUUUUAAAAAUUGAUAUUUUAAUAGUAAAAUUGUUAUAUGUAAAAUACGACAAGAUAUAUCACGUUUACUUACUUUCUUUUACCUUGAAAAACCCAAAAAUGUUAAGAUUUUUCAAUUUUUCCAUCUAAAAUAAUGUAUAAUUUAUAGCCAAAAACGGCCUUUAUUCCAAAAGCCAAAAAUCUCAUUUCCAUUUCGAAAACACUCCCAUUUCCUUUCAAAUUUAGUUCAAUUACUCUAUUUACCCCUAAAAGCACAUGCCUUUUUCGCCAUAAUCUUUAUUCCCUUAUGCUAAUUCGCAGCCAUUUCCCUCAAAUGCCGUGUUUUGUAAGCACUCAACAAUUCGGGCUGAGAGCGAGAGUAAAAAAGAUUUAUUGAGUCCUAAUUCCUGGCUAAUUUAUUUUUCCAUUUUCUCAUCGCAUUAAUCCUUAUCUUUUUCUGCACGGUGCGCUUUGGAAAAAUAACAUUUUCCAAUUUUUUUCGCGGCCCGACGGAAAAUGGCGAUGAGAAAGAACGGGAAAUGAAUGUACCAAGUUUUUUGGAGGUCAUACUGGAAAUGAAAAUUGAAUGCCGAAGGAAAACAUGAUGAAAAACAAUGAAAUUGAUGAUCUUUAAACUAAAAAAGAUCAAAAUAAGAUUAAUUCUUGAUUGGUAAACACUUGCCGUAGCUUUAUUUUUUAUUUUGAGGCAUCUAUUUUUAUAUUGCAGGCAUUUUUUUGCCUGGGGAAAGCUUAUAAAAAUUUCAAAAAAUCAUCGAAAAAUAUUAUACAUAAUCAUAAAAAACAUUAUUUUUUGAUCCAAAAAUUACAGUUUCUAUAAAAAAAAUUUGUUUAUUGUACUUUCACAUGUUUCAAUUUGAAUUCUGGAUGGUGGAUUUUGUAAUACCAUAGGCUAUUUUUCCAAAAAAAAAAUGAGAAAUUUAGGGAAAAUUGCCAAAAUUUUAAAGAAACCCCAUUUUUCAAUCAAAAAAUUUCAAAAAAAAUAUUGCCCAUCACCCCUUGCCAUGCCAAUAUUCAUUCUUUUUUUACGCAGUUUUCAAUACCUAGGCGUUUCUUUUCUAAUAUUGUUCCAGUUUUUUCCUAAAAUCCAUUUUUUGAUGACUUUUUCCAAAAAAAAAUUCUUUUGGUCCCCUCUUACCCCACUUUUUACAAAAAUUAUGCUAUUAAAAAAUACCUGUCACUAUGAUAAAAUUUCAUAUCUGCUCUUUCACCGGAAACUCGCUCAUUUUUUGCUUUUUUCGAGUGGAUUCGACAUGUUCAAGGUCAAUGGGAAAACAAAUAAAAUUGAAUUUUGAUGUAAAAAGUGUGGAAAACAUUAAAAAUAUUGGAAAAAAAUUAUGAAAGACGAACGUAAGAUAUUCGAAAGCCCUCGAGGAGCUGCAAAAAACAAAAUAAAAGCUUUUUUGUAUUACUUUUUUUGCCAUAUUGUACUAGACAAAAUGGGUUUUUUUGGAUAUUAAAUUUCAUAAAUUUUAUGAUUGAUUGGAAGUUCAUAGCUCAUAAAUGAAAUCUAUUAUGACCUGAUGACUUCAUAAAAAUUCAUUUUUUCAAUUUUAAAACAAGAAAAAAAUUGAUUUCUGCCCUCAAAACAAUAAUAUAGUAGACCUCCUGAGGGAAUAAAAAAGUAAAAAAGUUGUUUUUUUAUAUAAACGGAAGUAAAUUUUUAUUCGAACAUUAACUCUGUUCCCCCUUUUUUAUGACUAGUAUAUACGCUUUAUGUCAAUCCGAAGCGAGAAAGUCCUGGGAAAACAACAACAAUGUGCACUUUUAUUAGCAAAAACACGGAUUAAGUGCUCGAGAUUUGGAAGGGCCUGGGGCUGAUUUAUGGUUCUUAGAGGGGAAAAAAUUGUAUUACUAAUUCGUCAUUCGGUGGGAAAAAUUAAUUUUUUGAAUUUUUGAAGGAAGAAAAUUGGUGUUAAAGUCAUAAUUUGGUUGUUUCUGCAUAACGCGAUUUCUGCAUAACCCGAUUUUGGAAUUUUCAUAGAAAAUUCUAAGUUCUUAAUUCCAAUUUUGAGAAUUCAUUAUUUUUUAACUCUUAAAUCUGUAAAAAAGACAAAAAUUAAGCAAAAGUUCCAAGAAAAUCAUCAAAAACAGCAUAAAAAUCAACUUUUUCAGCGACCUAAAAGACGUCGAUCCUGAUGGCGGUAACGACCCGUAUUGCGUGGUCAGCGUCUCCGACGCCGCAAUGGCCCGUCAACGACAUUGGGAAGAGAUCGGCCGAACCGAAAUGCUCACAAAUACCUUGGACCCGGAAUGGGCCACAAAAAUACUAUUGACCUAUUACUUCGAGGAACAGCAACGAUUACAAUUCGAGAUUUUCGACAAACAAGGAGCUCAUAAGAAGAGAAUGGGAGUGGCCAGUAUGUUGCUGCAUGAGGUGGUGGGAUCACGGUAUAAUCGGAAGACAAAGACGUUGUAGUAAGUUGGGGAAAAAAUAAAAUAAAUAAAAAUUUGAAUGUUUUUUUUAUUUUCAGCAAGUUUCUGAACUCACAACGUCGUAUUUUAAAAACAUUGAAAUUAAUUUUUACAGUAAAAAAAAUUAAGUUUGAUCAUUAAAUUUUUUAAUUUUGAAUAUUUUUUAAUUCUGAACAUUAAAAUUUGAAUAUUAUUUACAAAAAUCUGAAUAAAUUUUGAAUAUUAAAAAUUUUUUAAAAGCUCAAUUGAAAAUGCUUCAUCGUAUUUUAAAAUAAUUUUCUUAUUUUUUAUUAUGUUUUAAUAUUCAAAUUUUUACCCGUUCAUUUUGAUUAAAUUUUUUGCCUUUCGUUAUGCAAAAAACUGAAUUUGGUAUUUUAAAAAAAAUGACCAAAAAUUUCUAUUUUGAAAAUUGGAAUAUUAAAAUUUUCCUGGCAAACUUUUCGUUAUACGAUGAAUAUUAUAAAAUCACGUAUUUUAAGAUUUUUUUACCUUCUUGAUUUUUCAGCGAAGAAGGCAAGGCUCACGGGACGAUCACUGUAACGGCCGAGGAGUUGAGCGAAGGACGCCAAGAAUCGGUCUAUUUUGUUGUUUCGGCCUCGGAUUUGGAUCGGAAAGACUUUUUGGGAAAAUGCGAUCCCUUCUUGAAGGUUUUCCGAUACAAUGAGGAUCGAACGUAAGUUGCAAUUUUUGCAUUCAUUUUUAAAUCCUCUAAAAAAUAUAUAUUUUUUGAUGUAAAAGUCAUCAAAUUUUGACAUGUAAGACGUGUUUGUCUCUAAAAAAUAAUUUUAAUUUAAAAUCUUUGAAUCCUCAGAGUUAUUCGAGCAAUAGUCAACAAAGAUUUGGCCGUCUGGGGAUAACAUUUUUGGGGACAUAUCGAAUUUUCAAAAAAAACCCCUUCCAAAUUUGUGAUUUUUACUUUUUCUUCCAAAAAAUCAAUAAAAAAGUCAACUUUAAAACCUAAUCAACCCAGUUGCUAUCGCUUCAUUUUCAGUCUACAGCUUGCAUAUCGAACCCGGUACCACGAGCAGACCCUGAACCCGAAAUGGAAGCCCUUCGAGGUCCAUAUCAAUCAGCUCUGUUACGGGGACAAGGAUCGGGAGUUUCUGAUCGAGUGCUACGAUUGGGACAAUGAUGGGAAUCACGAUCUGGUGGGAAGUUGCACGACCACUGUCAAUCGGCUGCUCAACAAAAUUGAUAAAACCUUGCCGGUAAGUCUUUUGUCGGCUUUAAAAUUCAGCAUGUCCCCUACAAGAUGACAAAAAAAUGCUGUGCUUAGCUGAGGCCUAGUUUUAUCGAAAUCUAAGCUUCAAACUUUGAGAAAUUUUUAUUACAGAAAGGUGUUGUUACAUUUCGGCUUACAAGGAAAGUGCCCCAAGUGCAACGCUCAGAUUUUCUUUAAAUUUUGCACACACAUCGAGCAUAAAUUAAAUAUCAAUUCCUGAAAGUUUUAGCUCGCACUUUGCAAGCUCCGCCGAGAUAUUGAACGGCCUUUGCCGCCGAAAGAGUACGCUAAACGCGGAGAGCGGUCAGAGAAAAAACACUUUUUUGACCGUAACUUUGCUAGUUUCGUGCGGAAAAGACUGAUUUUUUGUGGAAAAAUUACACUCUAUAGUAGAAAUAGGCAUGAAAUUUUUCGUGCCAAGAUUCGGCAAAAAGUGUCAAAUUUUCGCCGACUUUCGAUCUAUUAGGGUGGUCCAAAAGUCUUUUCGUUUUUUCAGGUGUCUUUUUGUCCAAUUGUUUUUGUACAAAAUAAAGACUUUUAGAUGAAUGUAUUAUAUAUGUUUUUAAAGGUCUUGAGCUGCUUUAUCAUAAUAUAUAUUAAAAAUUUUAAUUGGUCUUUUAUUUAAAAUCUUUUAAGCUGUAGAAAAAACAUGGAAAAAUCCGAAAUUCGUGUUUUUUUACGUUAUUACCGAAAACAAGGCUUCAACGCAACUGCAGCAGCAAAGAAGAUAAGCGAAGUUGAAGGCUACAAUGUGGUCUCAGAUCGUACUGCGCGAUUGGUUCAAGCGAUUCAACGACGGCGACACGGACCUCGAGGGCAAGACGUCUUAAAAAGCAAUUUUGAAGGCGUAAUUCACUUCGACUUCGUUCCAAAUGGUCGGACUAGCGACGCAGAGCUCUACUACGCUCCACUCGAUCGAAUGUAUGCAGCGAUUGGCAAAAAAUAUCCCGCUUUGAUCAAACGAACCCGCGCACCCCUGCAACAAGACAACGCAAAACCUCGCACCGCCAAACAAACGAAGGAAAAGAUCAAAACUCUCGACGCCAUUGAACUUCUUCCAGAUCCAGCGAAUAGUCUGCACAUUGUGUCACACGACUAUCACCUUUUUCGCUCCAUGGCACACUUUCUGCGUGGUCGUAGCCUCAAUGAUCUGGACGAUGUCGAAAACGGGUGCCGCGAGUUUUUCGCCUCUAAGAACAAGGAGUGGUACCGCAGCGGGAUCGAACAACUUGCCGAUAGAUGGGUUCAAGCCAUAGAUUCAAAUGGCCUUUACUUCGAAACUUAACUAGUUUUCGUUUGUUGUAAAAUUAUGUUUAAAGUUUUAACAAAAAAAACGAAAAGACUUUUGGACCACCCUAAUAAAAAUCAAUGUUGUUUCUGCAAAGCGUCAGCUAGGAUUCUCACAUAGAUUUUAGAAACAAUUAUUCUAAAUUUGUGCCAAGUUUCAUCAAAAUCUGAGAUUGAUUCUUUAUAUUUCCGAAAUUGUUCGUUAUAGAGAGGUUUUGCUGUAUGCGAUUUUUCGCUCAGAUUCUCAACGAUUUUGUCUAAUUGUCUCCCUUUUUCCAGCUAAUCAACGAGAAAAAAGCGGCCAAAUCGAAGCGCUACACCGACUCGGGCAAGCUGCACUUCCACAAAGUGUACUGUUGGAUGGAUUUCACUUUCCUCGACUUUAUCACCGGCGGAACUGAACUCGACUUCAGUGUGGCCGUCGAUUUCACCAAAUCCAAUCUCCCCAUGAAUGAAGAGACUUCCCUCCAUCACUACGAUAAGAACAGGGCAAAUCAAUACGAAAUUGCGAUCGCUGCUGUCGCCGAUAUUUGUCAGCAUUACAAUUCGAGCAAAAUAUUCAAAGCUUAUGGGUUUGGAGCGAAAAUUCCGCCCGAUACAAGGGUCCAUUACAAUUUCCCUUUGGUAGGUUUGACUUGAAGGGGAAGAUUUUGGUUUUUUCAAGGGCUUCAAUAAAAUUGGGUUUCAAUUUUGAUGAAACCUGGGUCAAAUUUAAAUUAUAAUUUUCUGGUGGAUGUUGGAGAUUUUUAGCUUGCUCUUUGUAAAAAUUGUGCAGAUAAUUUUGAUUUUUUUGGGCAUAAAAGAGGUAGUGUCUGUAAAAAAGGAGCGCUUUUUGUUUUUGCAAAAAUUUUUGUUUUUUAGGCCAAGUUUAUGUAUAGAGCUAUAGCCAUAAAUUAUUUUUUAUGACCUUCUCUCCUCAUGCUACAUUCUCUCACAAAACUUUUUUUUUAUAUUUUGGAAUUUUUUGAUUUUGAAAAUUUGAAAAAAAAUCUACUUAUUUCCGGCAAGGAAUCCAAUUGAAUAUUUCACAGUAAUUGCUAAAAAAAUCGCGUUUGUAUAUACAUAUAUUAGCCUACAGUAUGCGUCAUAAUUAUAACCGCACUUUAAAAAUCAGUGUAACUUUUGUGAUUGUGAACAGAAAUGUGUCAUAUUUGGCACCAAUGUGCAUCAGUGUACUAGAAAUGAUGUCCCAAAAAAUUAUUUUGAAGAGUUUCCGUAUUUUAGAGAAAAGCUGCAAAACCCAAAAUUUUGAUACUUUUCGGUGUCGCAAAAUUAUAACCGCACUUGCGAAUUUGGGGUAUUACCCUAAUAAAAACGCAGGAUAUCAAUAACUGAUGCUUAGUUACGCUCCCUGAGGCCUCAAUAACGCCCAUCACACGACCCGAAACCCUCUGGGCAAAUUUUUUUGGCGCAAACUGACCCAUCUUGUCCCUGAAUCGGAAAACGGCAGAUUUUCGCUCAGUUAGACCGUUGGGCUCAAGUUGUGAUCAACUUCCUGGUCGUCUCGGAAGCCUUUAACAAAUCUAAAUGUUAUGGCAGACAAAAGUUUACCACUGCUUCUGGUUGAAGAGAAAUAAUCCGCCGGACUUCUAACUCCGCCAUCUCUGGGGUUCACUUAAAUCAAGAACUGAGCUUCAUUAGUAGCGGAAGCACCGUGCUGAGGGUCGGAAAACACAGCGACAUCAUCAUAAGGUAUUAUGUGAAGCUGUGACCCAAGCUGACUACGGUUUACGGCAAUCCACAGCCGAAAUUUGCCAAGGAUACAUUCACAACAAAGGUUGAUUAGUGGAAGGUCGCUGAAACCGACGUUGGACAGUUGUAAUACCAUAUUCCUUGUGGAUUGCGUAGUCACACGAUGCCCUGACGGUUUUACAUACCAAUGGCAUGACAUUAAAAACGUAUCGCGUCGCUUCUCGUGUCGUAAUUAUAGAGGCCGCCCGUUGAUGAGUUGGGGCGCCUUCAAAAAAGACGGAGGCCUUCCGUCCGCGGCCAGAGCAACUCAAAUGAAUAGCUUCGAGUACUACGAAGUCUUAGGCGAACAUCUGGUACCGUACUGGCAAUCUGGCUAUACUUUUGUUGGAGAAUGCCCACGUCCACCAUAGCAGGUCGACAUACCAGUUCCUUUGACAGCAAGGCAUUUGCCACCAUAGACUCGCUCGCAUAUUCCCUGGGUUUAAAUCCGAUAGGAAACUUGUGGGGCCUCCUCGCCCGUUUAUUACAUCGCUACAACAAGCGGUAUUCUACCGUAACUAAGCGAAAAUCUGUUGUUUUUCGAUUCAGGGACAAGAUGGGUCAGUUUGCGCCAAAAAAAUUUGCCCAGAGGGUUUCGGGUCGUGUGAUGGGCGUUAUUGAGGCCUCAGGGAGCGUAACUAAACAUCAGUUAUUGAUAUCCUGCGUUUUUAUUAGGGUAAUACCCCAAAUUCGCAAGUGCGGUUAUAAUUUUGCGACACCGAAAAGUAUCAAAAUUUUGGGUUUUGCAGCUUUUCUCUAAAAUACGGAAACUCUUCAAAAUAAUUUUUUGGGACAUCAUUUCUAGUACACUGAUGCACAUUGGUGCCAAAUAUGACACAUUUCUAUUCACAAUCACAAAAGUUACACUCAUUUUUAAAGUGCGGUUAUAAUUAUGACGCAUACUGUAUUCCAAGCUCCAUUUAUGCUAAUUUUCAUCAAAAUCUGCGCAGUUUACUUUCCUUUACUGAAAAUGGAUCAUUUUUGUGCCAUUUUUUUAUUUUUUUUCUUCUUCAGAACCUCGAAACGAAUGACUGUCGUUGCGCGGGCGUUGACGGCCUCCUCAACGCCUAUCUCAUCGCCCAACGGCGAGUGGAACUUUCCGGACCAACAGAUUUCGCCCCAACUAUUCGAUUUGCCGCCCGCCAUGCCGCCGCUCUCCCAGAAGAUGGCUCCAAAUACAGUGUUUUGCUGAUAAUUACUGAUGGUGUUAUUACGGAUAUUGAGGCGAGCAAAGAGGAGAUUGUAAAGGCAUCUACUCUGCCUCUGUCGAUCAUUGUGGUGGGCGUGGGGUACGAUUCUUUUGAUGAGAUGAAGAUCUUGGACUCGGAUAAUCACAUGUUAUCGGCGAAUGGGAAGUACGCCAAGAGGGAUAUUGUUCAGGUAAGGGUAGCCUGAUUUUUUUUGGAAAAUCGUGAAAAUCUAAAGGGUUUUUUUUAAUUCUGAAAUUUUCUAAAAUACGAAAAGAAAAAUGUGCUGAUCUUGACGAAAUUUGGUAUCAAUGUAAACUAGAUGUUCAAAAAAAAGGAUUUUUGAAAUUUUUGGUUUGUAGCUGACAUGAAAAACAUAGAUUUUUAGGUCGAAAAAUGCCGAAAAUUUGAGAUUUUUCGACCAAAACUCACUCAAUUUUACUCGAAAAUAGAUCUUUUUAUUUGAAAAUUUAUAGCUCAAAAUAAAAUUUUUUGUAAAAUUUUCGCCCUAAUGGAAGCUCAAUUUCUGCUAAUGCCCUCUGAAAAUUUAAUUUUUUUCGCUUCGACCAAAGAUCUGAAAACAUAUUUUCCCGACUCUUUUGAUCGGAAAUUUAAUUUUGUUUUCAAUUCAACUUGUUAUGAACUUCUAUAGCUGCUGUUUUCCACCAAUUUACCUCCUUUUCACCCGUCCAUUCAGCCAUAACAGUCCUCGAAAACAUAUUUUUUUCUAUUUUUAGUUCGUCCAACUCCGCAAAUUCCUUCCGCCGCACCGUGAGCUCUCAAACGAGGAUCUGGAGGAGGCCAAGGCCAAGCUGGCCAAGGAGGUGUUGUACGAGGUCCCGGGGCAGCUCACUUCCUACAUGAAAUCCAAGGGGAUUUACCCACGAUCCCCGAAAUCGCCCUUCGAUGCGUCGGUUUGCACGCCGAACUCGCCGCGGGGCUUCGGCUCCAACCAGUCCAGCCUGAGGGGAUCCAGGCCGGGCUCGCACGCCGGUUCGCCGCGAUCCUCGCGACGUCGCCUACCUCAGGAGCCGGUCAAUGAGUUCGGGCAGAUGCGGAUCUGCUGA